AUGCCUGAAAAUGAAUCGGAAUGGAAAGAAAAAGCAAAUGAGUUCAAUGAGAAAUGGAAUUUUCCAAACUGUGUCGGCGCUUUUGAUGGAAAGCAUAUAGCUCUGCAGGCACCAAUUAACAGUGGAACUGAGUAUUUUAACUACAAGGGUUUUUUUAGUAUCGUUCUUUUUGCAGUUGUAGACGCGAACUACAAUUUCACGUAUGCAAAUAUUGGCUGUCAAGGCCGAAUUUCGGAUGGAGGUGUAUUUAAUGAAACUAAAUUCAAAAAAAGUCUAGAAGAUAACACAAUGAAUUUACCCAGCCCUUGCAAACUUCCUGGAAGAAAUAAAUCUACACCAUUUGUUUUCGUUGGUGAUGAUGCGUUCCCUCUCACAUGCAAUAUUAUGAAGCCAUACGCCGGGACACAAGAAAAGGGUUCAAUGAAAAGAAUUYUUAAUUACCGAGUAGAAAAACCAAUAUUGUUGGAACCAAAAACUGCUAAAAAGGUUGUAUUGGCCAUAGUUUAUUUACAUAAUUUUCUACGAAAACACUCUAAAACACUUUAUAAUCUCAAUGGAGCAUUUGAUGUGGAUAGCUCAGUCACAUAUCCAAGUGAUUCAGGAGACGGGCUCAACAAUAUUGCUAGAGUUCCCAGAAGAAGUGCAACCGAUGCCCAAGAAGUUAGAAAUGAAUUGGCCGAGUAUUUUAUUUCACCACAAGGACGGAUAUCUUUUCAAUAUGACUAA